AAUAGGAAGAAGAUAGACUCGGAAAAUGUGUGCAAGCAAAGCAAGGCAAAGGAAAGAAGCUUUCUUCUUUCUUAGUCAUUCUUGAUUAUCUUCAUCUUCAUCUUCAUCCUCAUCUUCAUCAUCUUCUUGUUCUUGAAAUUGGGAGCCAUUCUUCCACUUGUUUGUCUUUUCUGUUUGGCACAAACCCUAAUACCAACACUUAGGCCACAAUUCAUACAUACAUACAUACAUAUAACAUUGUAUGAUGAUGAGCAACAACAGCAAUGGCAAUGGCGAUGGCAAUGGCAAUGGGCAGCUGACAGUCCCACCGGGGUUUCGAUUCCAUCCGACAGACGAGGAACUCCUCUACUAUUACCUCAAAAAAAAGGUAUCCUACGAGCCCAUCGACUUCGAUGUCAUCCGUGAAAUCGAUCUCAACAAGCUUGAGCCUUGGGACCUUCGAGAUAAAUGCGGGAUCGGGUCAGGCCCCCAAAAUGAGUGGUACUUCUUCAGCCAUAAGGACAAGAAGUAUCCGACCGGCAGCCGGACCAACCGCGCCACAGCCGCCGGUUUCUGGAAGGCGACCGGGCGGGACAAGCCUAUCCACCACCACCAUGCCGACAAGCGGAUCGGCAUGCGGAAAACACUCGUUUUCUACACAGGUCGAGCCCCCCACGGCCACAAGACCGACUGGAUCAUGCACGAGUAUCGCCUCCACCACACCACCUCCACCACUACUACUAAUACCCACCACCUACCCGAAGAAGGAUGGGUCAUCUGCCGAGUCUUCAAAAAGAAGACCCUUUCCAACCCUUCUAGAACCUUCCAUCAUCCCUACCCUCAUUACCCCACCCCCACCACCACCACCACCACCACCAACAAUUUCACAGUGCCCACAAAUCUCCCCAACAAUUUCACCAUGGAUCACCUCAACACCGCUUCUCCAAUGCAUCUCCCCCAACUGCUCUGCCCUGACGUGCUCGCCGCUAUCGGCGGCAAUGCUCCGGCGCCGCUCCUCCCCGACUCGGCCUUAGACAUCCAGACCCGUCAGAGUAAUCUGUCGGGGGACUGGACGUUUCUGGACAAGUUGCUGACUACGCAGCCUGGCAUGACUGCGCCAUUGGACAAGUGUUUGGCGCCGAGGUUUUCCCUGUUCCCCAACAACGACUGUCAUAGUUUUGACACCGAUUUUUCAAGAUUUCCUAAGUAGGUUAGAGUUUUUACUUACUUCCUAUGUGUGAACUAUGUUCUUAUGUGUUGUUGUAAGCCUACGUACUUUCCCUGUCUUAGGAUUCAUUGCAUGUUUUGCUACCCGUGGACAUGAAUUUUCACGCAUAAGACUCUUAACUCGCAACAUUUCCGUCAUAAGUAGGUAGUCGCUAAUGAAAAUCUAACAGUAUCCG